AUGGAUGAAGAUUUCUUCUUAACCGAUUUCUCAUUGGAAGACAUUGAUUUCGACUUUAAUUUUUACGAAGAAUGUAGUCUAUCACCCAAUGAAGCAAGCAUGCGUACACAAAGAGCUCAGUUUUCAUCAAACUGUGAUCAUCAAAUGCAUCUUGAUUUCCUCAACGAGAAGCCGAAGCCUGCAGCGAAGGAGACGGUGAAGAUUAACAACAAGCCACGAGUGAUUUCUUUCGAUUUCUCUAGUAAAAUGUCUUCUUCUGAUCCAGCUCCGAAAGAGAUCAUCAUGGAUCGAUUAGCUAGAUGUGGAACCAAAAGAAAAGCGUUUUCUCCUGCCAAAAGAUCUCCGGUUAUAGCCAAAGAACAUGUUCUAGCCGAGAGAAAGCGUCGUGAGAAGCUUUCCCAAAAGUUCAUUGCCCUUUCAGCUCUUCUUCCUGGUCUUAAGAAGGCAGACAAAAUAACGGUUCUUGAUGACGCGAUUUCACGUAUGAAACAACUUCAAGAACAAAUAAGUAAACUUAAUGAAGAGAAAGAAGCAACAAGAGAAAUGGAAUCCAUGAUUAUUGUGAAGAAAUCUAAGGUUUUAUUCGAAGAGGAACCUUACCUCUCGUCUUCAUCUCCAUCAGAUCAUGAGAUAUUUGAUCAAGCAUUGCCAGAAAUCGAAGCGAAAGUAUCCGAAAAAGAAGUUCUAAUCCGAAUCCAUUGCGAGAAGAGAAAAGGAUGCAUGAUCAAUACUACACACGAUAGAGAAUCUUCAACUGCGCAUCAAAGAUAG